CGAGCGGACAGCGCAUUGUAGACUAUGGCCAUGUGGUCUUCGGCAGUCGUUCUGGCUUUGAUAACCAGAUACAAAGCAGAUCUGGAGGGGUGCCCGCAGUCCAGAAUAGAAUCGCUCAACGCACGGCUGUCGCAGCUGGGCAGCCAGCACAGCAACAAUUUUCCGCCCAAUCGCCAGCUCCAGCUCAAGCUCAGGCUCCGUCUGCACCUGCAUCUGCAUCUGUAACUCCUGGCGUAACAGUUCUUGGCAUCGAUGGUUCAACCGGCAAAUCAGCUGCUGGUCAAUCGAGAGGCUCGUCGGGUCCAGCACGUCCGCCGGCGCAGUUCAAUUACCGUGAACGCUUCAGCUCCACACUCUUUCAGCCUAUCUCGCGUAGCAAUAUAAACCGCAAUGUCGUCUACUCACCUUCCUCGGUGCACGGUAUCUUGGGCAUGCUCUUCGGCGUCUCCAGUGGAGAAACUGCCACCGAACUUCGACUGGCUGGCCAAUUUGAACAAGAUCAACUGAGCGUGGCUAAGGACUUUCAGCGAGUAAAUAAUCUGGAGCGCGAGCUGCAGAAUGCUCAACUAAUUGUGGCCAACAAGCUGUUCUUCAAUCAUGAACUAGCUGUGGUCAAUCCCGAUUAUGCACGCUACGCUCGUGAGUUCUAUAACUCGGAGAGAACGGUCAACAUGAAGCGUUCAAGCAAUACCGCUGCCAGAAUUAAUGCCUGGUCAGCAGAUGCCACACGCAACAUUAUACGCGAGCUGGUCACCCCGAACGAUAUUGAUGAUGAGACACAAGCAUUGCUGGUCAAUGCCAUUUACUUCAAAGCACGUUGGGCAAACGAGUUUUCAGCUAUGGAUACAACGCCGGAGAAGUUCCGUGUCAAUAGCAACAAGGCCAUCACAGUGCCCAUGAUGUACAACGACGAUGUGUUUGCCUAUGCCGAACUACCAGAGCUAGAUGCCGUAGCGCUCGAGUUACCCUAUGCCGGCACUCAGGUGUCAAUGCUAUUCAUACUUCCGAACCAGGUGGAUGGUCUCUCACAGCUGGAACGGCAACUGCAACGUGUAGAUCUCAAUCAGAUUGCGGCACGCCUACGUCGAGAAAUGGUUGCAGUGCGAAUACCGAAAUUCCGCAUUGAAUUCGAACAGGAUAUGACGCGUCCGCUGCAGGAGUUGGGCGUGCGUCGCAUGUUCACUGCCAACUCGCAGGUAGAUGCCAUGCUAAUGCGUCCUGUAAAGGUGUCAAAGAUACUGCAAAAGGCCUUCAUUGAUGUCAACGAGGCGGGCUCCGAGGCAGCAGCCGCCACCUUUGCCAAAUUUGUGCCCUUGCUGCUGCCAAUGAAUCACGCGAAUUUACUUACUGCCUGUCAUCCGUUCCUGUUUGCCAUAUACGCACACCUGACUCGGUGUCUCUUUAUUGGGCAUGUGGUCCAGCCGCCACAGGUGAACGCGAGACAGUAG